GACAGAACGUACUACGUGUCAGGAAAAGGAGAAUCGGCUAAAUGGGCGAAGACGUUUAGGCCGUUUGACUUAACCUGUCUGCAACAUUUGAUUUGUUUUUGUUAUUCGGUCGGAGGUGUUUUUUGUCACAGUUCUUAACUUUAAGUCCUUAGCGGUGGACCAGUAACGAUGUUAACGAAAUUUGAGACGAAAUCGGCUCGUGUCAAAGGCCUUAGCUUUCAUCCUAAAAGGCCAUGGGUUCUUGCCAGUUUGCACAACGGAGUUAUCCAGCUGUGGGACUAUCGUAUGUGCACCCUGAUUGACAAAUUUGAUGAGCACGAUGGUCCUGUUAGAGGAAUUGAUUUCCACAAACAGCAGCCUCUUUUUGUGUCUGGAGGAGAUGAUUACAAAAUCAAGGUGUGGAACUACAAACUGAGACGCUGCCUCUUCACCCUUCUGGGACACCUGGACUACAUCAGAACCACUUUCUUUCACCAUGAGUACCCCUGGAUUUUGAGUGCUUCAGAUGAUCAGACCAUCCGCAUCUGGAACUGGCAGUCCCGGACCUGUGUAUGUGUUUUGACUGGACAUAAUCACUACGUGAUGUGUGCACAGUUCCACCCAUCCGAAGACCUGGUGGUGUCAGCCAGUCUGGAUCAGACCGUGCGAGUGUGGGAUAUCUCCGGUCUGAGGAAGAAGAACUUGUCUCCAGGGGCUGUUGAGACAGAAGUGCGCGGCAUCUCUGGGGUUGAUCUGUUUGGUGCUUCAGAUGCGGUUGUGAAGCAUGUCCUUGAGGGUCAUGACCGUGGGGUCAACUGGGCAGCCUUUCACCCCAGCAUGCCCCUCAUUGUGUCUGGAGCCGAUGACAGGCAGGUGAAGAUCUGGAGAAUGAACGAGUCCAAGGCAUGGGAGUUGGAUACAUGCCGUGGUCACUACAACAACGUGUCCUGUGCCGUCUUCCACCCACGCCAGGAGCUCAUCCUGUCCAACUCUGAGGAUAAGAGCAUCCGGGUAUGGGAUAUGUCCAAGAGGACCGGAGUGCAAACCUUUCGCCGUGAUCAUGAUCGCUUCUGGGUUCUGGGGGCUCACCCAAACCUCAACCUGUUUGCUGCUGGUCAUGACAGUGGUAUGAUUGUGUUCAAGCUGGAGCGGGAGCGUCCUGCAUAUGCUGUACACGGCAACAUGCUGUAUUAUGUCAAGGAUCGUUUCCUCCGUCAGCUAGACUUUAACAGCAGCAAGGACACUGCUGUCAUGCAGCUUCGCAGUGGUUCUAAGUUCCCUGUGUUCAGCAUGUCCUACAACCCUGCUGAGAAUGCUGUCCUGCUCUGCACUAGAGCUACCAACCUGGAGAACAGCACUUAUGACCUGUACUCUAUUCCCAAAGAAAGCGACUCUCAGAAUCCUGAUGCCCCGGAAGGGAAAAGAUCUUCUGGUCUGACAGCAGUUUGGGUGGCAAGGAACAGAUUUGCCGUCCUGGACCGCAUGCACUCUCUUCUGAUUAAAAACCUGAAGAAUGAAAUUGUAAAGAAAGUCCAGGUGCCAAGCUGCGAGGAAAUCUUCUACGCAGGCACAGGCUCGCUGCUGCUGCGUGAUGCUGAUGGCAUCACGUUGUUCGACGUGCAGCAGAAACGCUCUCUGGCCACCGUCAAAAUUGCCAAGGUCAAGUACGUGGUAUGGAGCGCCGACACCAGCCACGUGGCUUUGCUGGCUAAACAUGCUAUUAUGAUCUGCAACCGUAAGCUGGAGAGUCUCUGCAACAUUCACGAGAAUAUCAGAGUGAAAAGUGGAGCCUGGGAUGAGAGCGGAGUCUUCAUCUACACCACCUCCAACCACAUCAAAUAUGCUUUAACCUCUGGGGAUCAUGGCAUCAUCAGGACCCUGGACCUGCCCAUCUAUGUGACCCGUGUGAGAGGCAACAGUGUAUACUGCCUGGACAGAGAGUGCAGGCCUCGCGUCCUUACCAUUGACCCCACAGAGUACCGCUUCAAGCUGGCGCUGGUUAACCGUAAAUAUGAUGAGGUGCUCCACAUGGUGCGUAAUGCCAAGUUGGUGGGCCAGUCAAUCAUUGCCUACCUGCAGAAGAAGGGCUACCCUGAGGUUGCGCUGCACUUUGUCAAAGAUGAGAAGACACGCUUUAGCCUGGCUUUGGAGUGUGGCAACAUUGAGGUGGCACUUGAGGCAGCCAAGGCCCUGGAUGAGCGCAGCUGCUGGGAGCGUCUGGGUGAGGCAGCACUGCUGCAGGGGCACCACCAGGUUGUGGAAAUGUGCUACCAGAGGACCAAAAACUUUGACAAGCUCACCUUCCUCUACCUCAUUACGGGGAACUUGGCCAAACUGCGUAAAAUGAUGAAGAUUGCUGAGAUCAGAAAGGACAUGAGUGGACACUACCAGGCAGCUCUCUACCUGGGAGACGUUAGUGAGAGAGUUCGCAUCUUGAAGAACUGUGGACAGAAGUCUCUGGCUUACCUGACUGCAGCCACACAUGGGCUGGAUGAAGAGGCUGAGGCUCUGAAGGAGACCUUUGACCCAGAAAAGGAGACGGUGCCAGAGGUUGAUCCCAAUGCACAACUGCUGCAGCCUCCUCCACCCAUCAACCCCCUGGACACCAACUGGCCUCUGCUCACUGUGUCAAAGGGCUUCUUUGAGGGAGCCAUUGCAGCAAAGGGGAAAGCAGGUCAGAUGGCUGCAGAUCUGGAUAUGGAUGCUGCUGGUGGCGAAGGCUGGGGAGAUGAUGCUGAACUUGCUAUGGUUGAAGAUGGAUUUGUGGAUGCCCAGGAUGGAUUUGGGGAUGAGGGAAUAGUGAAAGAGGAGGGAGAAGGCUGGGAGGUUGAGGAAGACCUGGAACUUCCUCCAGAGCUGGAUGUGCCAGUUGGAGCAGGUGGAGGAGCUGAUGAUGGCUUUUUCGUCCCACCCACAAAGGGAACAAGUCCAGUCCAGAUGUGGUGUAACAAUUCUCAGCUGCCAGUGGACCACAUCCUGGCUGGCUCCUUUGAAACGGCUAUGAGACUGCUCCACGACCAAGUUGGAGUUGUGAACUUUGGCCCCUACAAGUCUCUGUUCAUGCAGACUCUGUCCAGAGGCCGCACCUGUUACCUGGGUUUGCCUUCUCUGCCUUGCCUACGUGGUCAUCCCCAGAGGAACUGGAAGGACUGUGGGGCAAAGCAGGGACUGCCAGCUGUUGGGCUUCGCCUCUCUGAUCUCAUCGCCCGCCUGCAACAUUGCUACCAGCUGACCACGGCCGGACGGUUUGAAGAAGCUGUUGAACGUUUCAGAGUCAUUCUGCUCUCUGUACCUCUGCUGGUGGUUGAUAACAAGCAAGAAAUUGCAGAGGCCCAGCAGCUGAUCACAAUUUGCAAAGAAUACAUUGUGGGUCUGACCAUGGAGACUGAGAGGAAGAAAUUGCCUAAAGACACGCUGGAACAACAGAAGAGGCUGUGUGAGAUGGCUGCAUAUUUCACACACUGUAAUCUCCAGCCAGUCCACAUGGUUCUUGUUUUGCGCACAGCUCUGAACCUCUUCUUCAAACUUCGUAACUUCAAAACAGCUGCAGGUUUUGCACGACGCCUUCUCGAACUUGGGCCGAAGCCAGAUGUUGCACAGCAGACCCGCAAAAUUUUGGCAGCCUGUGAGAAGACACUGACAGAUGCCCACCAGUUGAACUAUGACCCCCACAAUCCAUUUGACCUGUGUGCUGCUUCUUUCGUUCCCCUCUACCGUGGACGGCCCGUUGAGAAGUGCCCACUGUCUGGAGCCUGCUACUGCCCUACUUACAAAGGCCAGAUCUGCAGGGUCACACAGGUGACGGAGAUUGGUAAGGAUGUGAUUGGUCUGCGUGUGAGUCCACUGCAGUUCCGCUAAGAAGAUGAGAUGUUUUGCAAAACACGUCCAUGCUUUCUCUGUGGGGUACCUUGUUAACAUGAGUGGGAUGCAGAUGUGUUUGCUCACAGUGAUGUUAAUCUCUGUAGUCCUUUCAGCUAUCUUAUUCUAUUCAUUCAUCCUGUCCUAUUAAAUAAAAGAAGCUUUUUUCUUGUAACUGCUGUUUCAUCAGUGCAGCGUGCUUUAUUAAUGCUGUAAAAACCUUACUGUUCACUUUACCUGACUUGACUAAUUCCAGAUAUUUGAAAAUGAGUGCACAUGAUCUAAGUAUCUUAAAAAAACUAUAAUAAAAGUACCCAAAUGGAAAAAAAA